UAAUUUUCUUCCUUGGAGACGGCUUGUCCAUUUCCACAUUGGCCGCUACCCGUUUAUACGUUGGACAACAAAAUCGAAUGCCUGGAGAGGAGACCGUUCUUUCUUUUGAAGAGUUCCCAUAUGUGGGCUUAGCUAAAACUUAUUGCCUGGAUUACCAAGUCCCGGAUUCUGCCUGCACAGCAACAGCAUAUCUUAGUGGUGUGAAAGCAAAUCUAGGAACGGAAGGUGUCAACGGAUAUGUGGGGUACGGUGACUGUUUGGCAUCUGCUGAUCCUGCAAACCAUGUUAACUCUGUAGCGCGCUGGUUCCAGCUUGCGGGAAGAAAAUCUGGCCUAAUUACCACCAGCCGCGUGACGCACGCAUCGCCAGGACCCUUAUACGCUCAUUCCUCUCAUCGUGACUGGGAAAGCGACACCGACAUUCUGUUAGCCGGAGAGGAUCCCAACAUAUGUCCCGACAUCGCUUCACAAUUAAUCGAUAACGCCGCUGGACAAGGAAUGAGUGUCAUCAUGGGUGGCGGUAGAGGCAAGUUUGUUCCAAACAAUGUCAACGAUAUUUCUGGUAGUCCUGGUCAACGUUCUGAUGGUAGAAAUUUGGUAAAUGAAUGGUUGGCCCAAAAGUCGGGAGAUGGUGUGUUUGUUAGUAACAAGGUUGGGUUGGACGCUGUGGAUACUUCCAACACAGAGUACCUCAUGGGAUUAUUUGGGUACAGCCACUUACAGCAUAACUUGGACAAACCAGCAAGCCAACCUAGCUUGGCUGAAAUGACCGAGGCUGCAAUUAAAGUUCUUGACAACGCAAACGGAUACUUCCUGUUUGUUGAAAAUGGUCACAUUGAUACUGCGCAUCAUAUGACCACAGCUGUGAAGGCUCUGGAUGAGACUGCUGAGUUCGCCAAAGCGGUUGAAAAAGCCCUAGAGCUUACCGAUUCGGAAGACACUUUGAUUGUGGUAACUUCCGAUCAUUCACAUACAAUGACUCUAAAUGGUUACCAGCAUAGAGGACAUGACGUGUUUGGUUUUGGCGAUGUUGGAGAUGAUGGUAAACCUUACGCAUCUCUCAGCUACGCAAAUGGCCCCGCAGCUUUUAAACAAGAUCCUGUCACCGGCGACCGCUACGACUUGACAAAUGACGACUUGAGUGACAAGGAUUAUAUGUAUCCGUCCUAUGUUCCCACAUUCAUGGAAACUCACGCUGGUGAUGAUGUUGCAGUAUUCUGCAAAGGCCCAUGGGCCCAUUUAUGCACGGGUGUUAUUGAGCAAAAUUUGAUUCCGCAUAUUGUUGCUUAUGCUGCUUGUGUUGGAGAAGGACGAACUAGCUGUGAUUGUUCAAGUCAUCCAUCGCAUUCCACUAGUGCAGCUCCAAGCACUACCCCAGAGGUUUAGAUAUAUAGUAAUAAUAUUUGGAUUCAAAUUGAUAUAAAUUUGAUGUGACGCAAUAAAAACACAGAAAAUGUAUAUAAAUAUUCAUAUUAGAUGAAAUGAAGUUUUAUAAAACAAAAAAGGAGCAGUACAAAUAGGCACAUUAGUGUAGAAUGAUUACGAAAAGUUAUUGCGGUAUUAAACUUUCAGCACGCA